AUGAAGCUGCAGCCUAGAGACGAGCAUGGGGCUGCCCAUGGCACCCCGCAAAGCACCUUCAAGGCCGCACCCACCUUUGAGGUGCCCCUGUCGGACCAGUCGGUGUUGGAAGGGCAGGAUGUCAGCAUGAGUGUCCGCGUCCAUGGGGAGCCCAAGCCUAUCAUUUACUGGCUGAGGAACCGGCAACCGGUGAAGUAUGGCCGCCGGCACCACGCGGAGGAGGUGGAGGGAGUGCGGGGCCUCUUCACGCUGCACAUCUUGGCAGCAGAGCACACUGACACUGGCUUCUACACCUGCAAGGCCGUCAACGAGUAUGGCACCAAGCAGUGCGAGGCCAAACUGGAGGUCAGAG